AUGCCAAAGGUCGCAAAGACAGGGUACUGGGAGGACAGGUACAAGAAAUAUCCUGACGUCAAUGAAAAUGCUGAGGGAGGAGGCAUUCGGUGCGAGACCGAGUCGGAUUCAGAUGAAUCGGUCCAAAGCAGUCCGACGGCUCACAGGUCCAAUAAGUUGGGUGGAAAGUCGAGCGGUUCACGAAGGGCGGCGCGUCGGGCGAGGAAUAGCACAGCCGGUAUCGACACAGAUAAAGCCACUAACUUCAACAAAGCGAAAGUUAUCUACGAUGCUAAAGUCUUGGCUGGGACGGCUACGACCGAAGACCUGAUCUGGUUCUCAGCCCUGGAGGCCGAUGAAAAGAAACGACUCAAGAAGCUCGAGGAAGCUAAAGGAGGGAAAAAGGAGGACAAACGGCAAGCAGCAGAGGGGAAGAAUAAUGAUGAUGUCGUCCUUGGUUCAUCUUCGCUCUCUACCCCGAGCAAGCCAGCUCCGAAAAAGUAUGGAAUGUUCUCUCAAGCAUGGAUGACGCCGAGAGACCCCGGAUAUUCUACCACCAGCACGAAUUCGGCGACAGCCAGCGGCAUCAUGGCAAGUAAUAGGCGUAACCGAAAUGCCAGCCCUCACACACCAUCCCGCCGUACAGACUAUCGCUCUGCUCAGCUUCCAACGCCCUCUACAACAACAAAGGACUCCCAGCUAGAGGAAGAGCUAUCCUUCGGAAUAGUGUACCGCAUCGAUGAGGAGACGAAUGAAGUCAUGAUAGCAGCGGGCCAUGUCGCCAACAUGGUACUUCAGCACCAUCGCAGUGGCGCGUUGAGGGUGGCAGCAAUCACAAGCCCUGCCCGUCGUGCCGCCUUUGCGCCUGACGACGAACUAUCACUCGGCGCAGUCUACAGGCUAGACCCAGAGACUGAAGAGGUCAUGAUCCCGGUUUCCUACGCCAAGAACCUCAUCCUCUUCCACCAACGCUCUGGAGCCCUUCAUCUGAGCCCGGGAACUCAGCCCUCCCCUCUCAAACGGAGAAGGACCGACGACGACACCAUACGUGUACGCCCUCGCAGAAGCCCCAGCCCAAGUAGGAGGCCCCGUGGGCGGCCGAAAGGAAGCAAGAACAAGAGAGAUUCUUCGGCGGCGGCGGCUAAAGGGUCUUCAUCGGUGGGCACCUCAGCCUCGCGGCCUGUCAUGAUUCCCGACGACUCUGAUACUGACGCCGGCGAAUAG